CUGGAUAAUAACCACCAAAAGGAAACAUGCUGAAGUUUUCUUCCUGAUCUUUUUAAGUCCGAUAAGGGAGGGAAAAAGAAGAUGGGAGACGAAGGAGACGGUAGCGGUAAAAUCUAUAAAUCUGAGAAGGACCAGAGCUGGAUCCCCAAAAUCAUCAAUAAAAGAGUGUGCACCACCUUUGUGGAAGAUUCUUUCAGUAAUGCCAGGUUGUGCCAGUGUGGCGGUGCGAGAGAUGCCCACGACUCGAUCGCUCUGGGCGACUAUUUCAGCAGAGCGAUCGUCAACCACUGGGACACUGCCCAGCACUCCUCUGAAUACCCAACUGAUGCCUUUGGAGAGCUGCAGUUCGCAGGAUCCAGUAAAAGGCAGAGCUAUUUCCUGCGUCUUUCGUGGGACACACCCCCACCCAUGGUCUACACCUUGAUGACUGCACACUGGGGUCUGCCUUUGCCCAACCUGGUGGUGUCUGUGGUAGGCGGAGAAGGCAGGGCGAAGGUCAAGACCUGGGUACGGGAGGUCCUGAGGCAGGGGCUGGUGAAAGCGUCACAAAGCACUGGUGCGUGGAUAUUGACGACAGGCUUGCGUGAGGGUGUCGGCAGGUGUGUCGGAGAGGCGGUGAGGGAUCACGCCACUGCGGCUUCUGCGGUUUCCCUCAACAAAGUGGUGGCGCUGGGUAUAGCACCGUGGGGACUGGUGUAUAACCGAGAGCAGCUGGUCAACCCUCAGGGCAGCUUUCCUGCCAAAUACCACGUCCAUAACACCACUGGGGACACAUGUUACCUAGAUAACAACUACCAGGCCUUUCUGCUGGUGGAUGACGGGAGUGUAGGCCGCAGAGGAGGUGAGAAGGGCUUCAGGGCCAAACUAGAGGACUACAUCUCUCACCAGCGCACGGGAAUCUGGGGCAGCGGCAGCAUUGAUAUUCCUGUACUUUGCAUGCUGAUAUCAGGAAAUGCAGCCAUACUGGAGAGAAUGGAUCUCUCGCUGAAAAACUCCAUGCCCUGGCUGGUGCUGGCCGGUUCAGGGGGCGUGGCCGACUUCUUGGGCGACGUCCUGGAGAACGUGUCGUCUGUUCCCAUCCAACCCUCCGAGGGAGACGCCGACAUGAGUGCAAAUGUUGAUCUGAAAGACAAAGUUGCAGAACGGGUUAGGAAGUACUUUCCUGCUGAAGUGGACACAGAGAAAGUAGUUGAACAGACUCUAAGCAUCUACCAGAACAGAGACUUUGUUACGGUUUAUCAUGGAGAGCAGGAGGGGCCAAAUGACUUUGAUACAGUCUUGCUCAAAGCCUUAGUGGGAGCAAGUAAACAGCGCGUGUCCACUGAUGCCAGCCCUUACAAUGAAGAGCUGAAUCUAGCAGUGACUUGGAACAGGGUGGACAUCGCCAAGAGCGAACUCUUUAACGGAGACAUCCAGUGGAGGUAUGAAGACUUGGUGAACUCCUUGACGGAUGCCCUCGUCAAUGACAAGCCCCAGUUUGUUCGCCUCUUCACCGAGAAUGGCCUCAACAUCAUUGAGUAUCUGACCUAUGGCAGGUUGGAAAGCCUGUACCGCUCAGUGGCUGAUGGCACGCUCCUCUACCAGCUGCUACAGCGAUGCCUAGUGGAACGUCUAGGAACUUCGCCCUCUGGUAACGCGCAGGAUUCAACUUCCAAAGUGAUGGCGCGAAACACAGAAUACAGCCCAGCGAAAGAUCUGACCCUGUUUGAAGUGUCAGGAGUCCUGGAAUUGUUAAUGGGUGACAUAUGCCAGCCGUUCUACUAUGAUGCUUUGGGCUUACAAGAAAUCACAUCUAAAAGAAGGGCUCUUAGGCGGGUCAGUAAGCUGUUACGUGGAGACUGCUUGUACCGAGAAAGCCGUUGUCUCUUCCCCUGGGCUUCGCUCUUCAUCUGGGCGGUCCUACAGAACCGCAGCGAGAUGGCCGUCUUAUUCUGGGAGAUGGCAGGAGAGUCAGUGUUGAGUGCUCUUGGUGGCUGUAAAAUACUGAGGGAACUUUCCAAGAUGGAGGGUGAGACUGAGACCAAACUCUCUAUGAAAGAGCUGGCCCAGAGAUUUGAGGACCUGGCAAAUGGUGUGUUUGGUUCUUGUUAUCGGAGCAGCGAGAGUCGAUCUUUCACCCUGUUGAUUAGAAAAUCUCCAGUUUGGGGUGGUACCACCUGUCUGCAGAUGGGCAUGGCUGCUGAUUCAAGGCUUUUCUUCAGCCAUGAUGGAGUGCAGUCUCUGUUGUCUCAGAUCUGGUGGGGUGACAUGAAGAGGAACACAGAGGUGUGGAAGCAUAUCCUCACCUUCUUCUGCCCCGUGCUCUGCUAUACCAACUUCAUCUCCUUCAGGAAAGAAGAAGAAGAGCAGGAGGAGGGGCAGACUGAUGUAGCAGACAGAAAGAACAGCCUCUACGGGACCACGGUGUUCUCCUUCUCAGACAUCAAGCACAUUGAUGAUGAUGCACAAGGUCGUAUCAGUCCCAGGACACCAACUCUGACAGGCGUAUCCCAGCCUUCCAGACCACCCAAGCGACCGUUCAUAGUAUCACGAUGGCGCCAGUUCUGGUUCGCACCAGUCACGUCAUUUUUGGGCAAUGUGCUGAUGUAUUUCACCUUCCUUUUACUUUUUGCCUACGUGCUGUUGGUGGAUUUCAAGCCGCCGCCUCCCAAUGGUCCGGCCUUCACGGAGUACGUGAUGUACUUUUGGGUGUUCACCAUCGUGUGCGAGGAGAUCCGAGAGACGUUCUUCGUGGGGUCAGUGACUUUGCAUCAGAGAUUGCGGGUGUACAUGCAGAACGUGUGGAACAAGUGUAACCUCGCUGCCAUCAUCCUGUUCAUCAUCGGGCUCAUUUGCAGGAUGUUUAAGCAGUCGUAUGGGUUUGGCCGAGCCGUCCUGUGCGUGGACUACAUGGUCUUCACCCUCCGGCUCAUUCACAUCUUCGCUGUUCACAAACAGCUGGGACCAAAAAUCAUCAUUGUCGGGAAGAUGGUGAAGGAUGUCUUUUUCUUCCUCUUCUUCCUGGGGGUGUGGCUUAUGGCAUAUGGCAUAGCCAAUCAAGCCUUGCUGUACUCCUAUGAUCCCCACCCAGAUCGAAUCUUCCGCCGGGUAUUCUACAGACCGUACUUGCACAUCUUUGGACAGAUCCCCGUCGAAGAGAUAGAUGUGGGGGAGGAUUGGGACAAGGAGUGCACUGAAAAUGUGACCCUGAUUCAGGGCGGUGAGGAGCCCUGCAGAAGUCAGUACAGCAACUGGCUGGUUGUAAUUCUGAUGGUCAUUUAUCUGCUGGUCACCAACAUUCUGCUCUUCAAUCUGCUCAUUGCUAUGUUUAGCUACACCUUCUCUGAAGUGCAAGCACACAGCGAUGUCCACUGGAAAUUCCAGCGCUACAACCUGAUUGUUCAGUACCACUCCCGUCCGUCCCUAGCCCCGCCUUUCAUCAUCCUGUCUCACAUCAACCUCUUCAUCAAGAGGAUCAUCCGCAAGGUGCCCUCUAUAAAGAUCCACCACUUUGUGUUGGAGUUGAGAGGGAAAGCGGCUAACAGGCUGAUGACGUGGGAAACCAUUCAGAAGGAGGACUUCCUGACCAUGCAGAACAAGAUCCAGAAAAGCAGCGACUCUGAGAGGCUUAAACGGAUGUCUGUCAAAGUGGACAGUGUCCUUAAACAGGUAACCAAAGGCCAAGACUUGGAGCACAGGCUGAGGGCUUUGGAGAGUGAGAUGGAGUAUUGCACAAGUGCUCUCAGCUGGAUUGUAGAUACUUUGGCACAAGGAAGUACAUUCAAACCUCCUCGAGCGCCACCUACAGCAAGAGAGUCGUUCCCUUCUUCUUGAUGCAGCUUUGCUGACGGCGUCGUUUGCUCAGCGUCUGUAAAAAAGACCAUGAUGAAGCGUUGUGUUUUGGCUGCUCCAGCGUCAGUCGCGUGCCUGUCAGUGUCUGCGAACUGACACGAGGAGAAAAGCACCCGAUGCUCUCUUUACGACAUUUAAUAAUUAAAAACCUAUUUUUAAGGGUGUACACUUGUGUAGGGAGGUUUCAUUGUGUCUAAAGUAAUACAAAUGGAAUCAAAGCUUAGAGUGAAAUACGACACGUUAUCACAUUUUGUUAGUCAACUUGUAAUUACUAGUUAACACUUGAAUGGAAAAGUACCAAAAUGGGUUGUUGAGCUUUUGUUUGCAUAAUUGAGUCACUCGUUUUCCCACCAUCUCAUAAACCUAAUUUUUUUUAACGUCUCCGAUUAUUACUGGUUUGUAAAACAGGUUUUUCCAUUUCAGCAUUGUCCAUUAGGUGGCAGCAUUGACAUGCCAUUACUAAUGCAAAGUAUUUUCAUUGAGCGUUUGAUUUAUACCAGUCAUUAUUUGUAAUCAAAGAUGCAUGUGAAAUUAUGUUGUUUUUUCUUCUGUAUUCAUUUGGGCUUGUUACGUCUUCCUGCACAAGUGGUAAUAUUUCUAUACUGUAUGUUAUAUAUAUUUGGAGCAGUGUUAUAUUUCUUUUGUAAUUAUUAUCUUGAAUUCUGUGUUUUGUUCCUUUAGGUUUUUAUAGACUUAUGGAUGUUGGUUUGACACAUGGGUUUUAUAUUAAAAUGUAUUAUAUUGUGUUCAUUGCGUUUGAAUAAAUGAUUGCUAAUGGUGUUUACU